AUGGAUGAUUGGACUGUUGUGCAAUCUAUGCUAGUGUCAUGGAUAACAAAUAUUCUUGAUCCGAAGGUGCGAUCGACGAUUGGUGAUUAUGAUGAUGCGAGUAUUCUUUGGACAAAUUUAAAGAAUUGGUUUUGCGUGGUGAGUGGUACUCAUGUGUGCCAAUGGAAGACUUCUUUGGGUGAACGCAAACAAAAUUCCAACGAGUCUGUGGCCGAUUAUUUUGGCAGACUUUCGAAGGUGUGCAAGGAACUUUUCACAUUCAUGCGUGUGCCCAAGUGUGCGUGUGGGAAGUGUACUUGCAACAUUGUUGCUCAAGUUGAGGAGAUUAGAGAGGAAGAUUAUCUUCAAUUCAUCAUUUUUUGA